AUGCGGACUUGUAAUUCAACCUAUAAAAGACUUUAUGAAAUCAUCCAUUCACGAGCUCAAAUGUCAAAAUUUCAACAACAUAAUUCCUUUAUUUCAAAUAAUUUCAUAUGGAUGGCGAUCUAUUCAAGAAGUUUAAAUGUUUACCUUGUGACCUUAACAGUUAUUUACAUGCCUUUUAUUUCAUAUGAAAAGUCACUGAAUAACACCAAAAUGAAUCCAGAUAAACAACAGUUAAUGACAUCAGACUACCACAAUUUAAACUAUCAAGCUAAACUUAAUCAAACCAGAUUGACCAUGAUAGAGAGAAGGAAACGUCCAAUAAAAGCAUCUCAGAAUUAUUCAGAAGGGACAAUUCAGUCUUUAUUUAAUCUGAAUUAUGGAAAUUCUUCCGCAUUGAGAAACAUUCGCAAACAACCAGGAAUACAAGAGCCAGAAUUUUACAGUCCAUCUAGUUCAUAUUUUAGUUCAUUCAGACCUAACUUCUCUUCUUUGAGUACAAACGGUUUGUUUCCAAACUCUUCAAAAACAUCGUAUUCCUCUUAUUCUUCACUGUCAAAGUUACCAUCAAAACCAUCAUCAUCUGUUGCAGAAUUUACGGAUGAGCCAGACUUUGACCAUGACCAACCUGUGUACAUAACCUGUGUCAAAAAUUCCACAGCUGUACUUCCUUGUAAAGUAAAAAAUAUUGAUUUCUCCUCUACAGUAAUGUCAUGGUGGAAAGAAGACUUACCAAUGCCAUUGACAGUAGGAAAUGAAAUCUCUCUUCCACGUUAUGAAAUUGACCGAACAAAUCCUGAAUCUUGGACUUUAAUGAUAUUUCAAGUCACAGAAGCUGACAGUGGAACUUAUAUUUGUCAGAUUAAUUUGGCUGACAUCAAAGAGAAAUUUUUCUACCUCAAAGUUAUUGCUCAUAAAACCGAACCGGAUGCGACUAAAUUGAAUGAUGAAUACGUUAAAGAUGAUACGAUGCAAAAUACUCUUUGGAGAGCGUCAAGUAAACGAAAAAGUGUCCAUAUUAUUAGUUAUCCUGGCCAAUUUCAUUCAUUAACAUGUCUGGUUCAGUUCAGUCAUCCAACAUCAACAUCAUCUAUUCAAUGGUAUUAUAAUGGUAACAGAAUAUAUCCUAAAAUGGAUAUCAAGAUUUAUGAGAAUUCAAAACUUUCUAUUCUUGAUAAUCAUUUAAAAUUGAAAAAUUUAUACACAGAUAUACAGACAAAAUGGAUCAAUCAGACAACAUUAGCGAGUAGAUUAAAUAUUGGCAAGCUAACGAAAUAUAAUUCAGGGAUAUGGUCAUGUCGGAAAAUUCCCGGUACACAGUUGGAAUCAGUAGAAGAAAGCUCAAUCAACCUACAUACAACAGGUUCCAAAAUGAGAAGUACAGAAGCUGAAGACUCUUUUGAUCAAAAUCCAAGAAAUUCUUCGAGUAGUAAAGCUUUAUUUUCCAGCAUUAACUUACACUUUCUGAUAUUUUUACACUGUAUUUUUCACAAAAUAUUCCCAAUUUGUAUAAAUUCAUCUGCUAAAUCCCAGCUAUCGAUUCUCACUUAA